AUGAAUCGUACUGAUGGCUUAGUAAGACGUGCCGUACGUCCUAGAGAAAAUGGUGCCGAAGGUGGUGGCAGUGCAUCCGGUAAUGCUAAUACACCCGAGGAUAAUCCCGAUAUGUUGGAUAAUAAAGAUCAAGAGGAUAACAUAGAUGAUGGCGAUUCCAAAGAGACACGUUUAACAUUAAUGGAAGAGGUGUUACUAUUGGGUUUAAAAGAUAAAGAGGGAUACACAUCUUUUUGGAAUGACUGCAUAUCAAGCGGCCUACGUGGCUGUAUACUCAUUGAACUUGGCAUACGCGGACGUAUUAUGAUGGAAAAGUCUGGUAUGCGCAGACGUGGAUUGUGUUCAAGAAAAGUCAUAUUAAAAUCAGAUCAACCAACUGGAGAUGUUCUAUUAGACGAGGCUUUAAAGCACAUUAAAGAAACAAAACCACCAGAAACAGUUCAAAGUUGGAUUGAAUAUUUAAGUGGUGAAACUUGGAAUCCUUUAAAAUUACGCUAUCAAUUGAAAAAUGUACGAGAACGUUUGGCUAAGAAUCUGGUUGAAAAGGGUGUCUUAACAACAGAAAAACAAAAUUUCUUAUUGUUCGAUAUGACAACACAUCCUUUAAAUGAUAAUGUGGUUAAAUGUCGUUUAGUUAGAAAGAUACAAGAUUCUGUUUUGUCCAAAUGGGUCAAUGAUCCCCAACGCAUGGAUAAACGUAUGUUGGCACUGAUAUUUUUGGCUCAUGCCAGUGAUGUUAUAGAAAAUGCUUUUGCUCCCCUUAACGAUGACGACUACGAAGUGGCUAUGAAACGUGUGCGAGAAUUAUUGGAUUUAGAUUUUGAGGCCGAAGCGGCCAAACCCAAUGCCAAUGAAAUUCUCUGGGCAGUUUUUAUGGCUUUCACUAAAUAAAAUCUAUUAUUUUAACUAAGUAAUUUUUAAAAUAAUUAUUAUUUUUAUUAAAAACUUUUAUUUUUGUUUUAAUUUAAACAGAAAUAAUAAAUCUAUAUAUAAAUAUAUUUUCCAGAAAGUUAUAAAGAAAAAAAAAAA